GCUGUGAUUUAGCACAUUCUUGUGAUGCCGUCAAUUUGUUGACAGAUUUCUUAUAUUUUUGGUGACUCGUGUUUUGAGAACAUCGUUUACCCUUUAGUUCCGAGUGAGGGGUUGGCUUUAACAUCCGAGUCCUUGGUGAAGAAGGCAGAAUAUAGAAUAGCGUUAACAAUUGCAGUGUUGUCUGCCUGCAGCAGUCCUUGCAGUCGAGUUGUAGAUUUCUGAAAAUCACACUUGCUCUGUAAAACUACAGCGAAAUCCUCGCACACAGUGCUGGUAAAAUGAUCAUUCCUCUCUUUCUGAGUACCGGAUUAUUCCUGUGGCUCUGAGACACCGUGACUGAUUAUUUCCUGAUUCUUGCGUUGCAGGGUGGUAAUUUCUGGGUGUUUAGCAAGUAGGACCUUUUAUCUGGUUAUGUCUAAGGCUCGAAAAUGAUAUUGAGGGCAUUCUGCCAACUGAGUGAAAAUGUGCUGUGGAGGCUUCAUCUGGCUAAGCUAUACUAAGUCUCUUUUCACGGAGCAUAAAAAGCCACUCGUCACAGAGACCAUAGCUCUGCAUGCAUCACAGCCGGGGAUUUGUCCUUUGUUCGGAGGAGAUGGAUGAUAGCUGAAGUCACCAUUGUGGUUGCUUAAGCGACACUGUGAGGAUGUUUGUACCCUGUGUGCUUCCCAGACAUGCUGUUUCCUUGAGAACCAGAAUGUGAGCAUCUAAACUUAGCUGCCAACGCGAAUGACUAGAAGCUGGUGAAACGUAAUUCUGUGGGAGUUGGUCCUGCUGACGCAGACUAGAGGCGCUAGUGUAUGUACCUUUAAAAGGUUUAGGAGGGGUUGUCAUUGGCCGACAGCGGAUGUAGCUGUUAUCCAAUUAGCUGCUGAUCUAAGAUGCGGGGAUCCGUUCUUCCUAGUUCUACUCCCCUCCUCCAGCGCCAUGGCUGAGAUUCAGCUCUCCUCCCCCAUCCCACCCCCUCCACUCUGACUAACAAUUGCUGCUGCAGCCAGGCAAAUCUGAGAGCUGUUGUAAUAGCUGUGGAGAGGAAAACCGAGGGAUUUUAGCAGCUGAUAUCCAGACCCCGGCUCGUCCUUUGUGCCGAGACCGGGCAAAGACUCCUCGUAAGACAGGAGAACUCAAAAAUGGAGCCCCGAAGGCCCCGGCAGCCCCCUUGGAAAUGGCUGCGCCUGGGGUCCGAGGAGAGCAGACGGUACUUUGUCGUGAGCCUGGCCAGCGGCGAUCUGCUGGUGAACGAGCAGAUAGAUCGAGAAAGCCUGUGUGGAGCCAGUGUGAGCUGCGUGCUGCCGGUGCAGGUCGUUAUAGAAACCCCCCUGGAGCUCUUCCGCCUGGAGGUCGAGAUUCUGGACUUGAAUGACAAUUCUCCCAGGUUUCCCACCACCCAUCGCACUGUGAGGAUAGCGGAAUCCUCCACCUUGGCUGCGCGCUUUCCUCUGGACAAUGCCCAGGACCCAGACGUGGGGACUAACACUGUCAGUUCCUACCAUCUCAGUCCCAACCCGCACUUCUCUCUGACCGUAAAGAACCUGAAGGAUGGCAGACUUUUCCCGGAGCUGGUGCUGGAGCGAGCUCUGGACCGGGAAGACCAAUCUGAACACCAGCUGGCCCUGACCGCCUUCGAUGGAGGAAACCCUGCCCGGUCGGGAACCGCACAGAUAACCGUGGUUGUUUUGGAUGCCAACGACAAUGCCCCGCUGUUCGAUCAGCCCGUGUACAAGGUCAGCCUUCUGGAAAAUACCCCGCUGGAGACUCGGCUCAUUAAACUCAACGCUACCGACCCAGACGAGGGCCCCAACGGAGAAGUACAGUACUCCUUUGGGGUUCACACGUCCGACUCAAUCCGGAAGUUGUUCGCCUUAGAUCUCCACACCGGGGAGAUCACUGUUCAGGGAGCUCUGGAUUUCGAAGAAACGGGUUUCUAUGAAAUCCACAUAAAAGCCAAAGACAAGGGGGUGCCGGAAAUGGAAGGCCACUGCGUCGUUCAGGUGGAAGUGGAAGACGCCAACGAUAACUCCCCAGAGGUCCUGAUGACCUCCCUGGUGAAUCCAGUGCCUGAAAACACUCCGUUGGAAACCGUGGUGGGGCUCUUGAAUGUGCAAGACCGUGACUCUGGGGUCAACGGGGAGGUGAGCCUAGAAAUCCCACCAAGUUUGCCAUUCAGAAUCAAAUCCUUCGACAACCACUAUUCUCUGAUCACCCGCGAGAGCCUGGACAGAGAAAAGAUUGCCCAGUACACGAUUGAGCUGACCGCCAGGGACGCGGGGUCCCCGGCUCUAACCACGAAGAUCACUAUACUGCUGAACAUCUCCGACGUCAAUGACAACUCCCCUAGCUUCUCCCAGCCCUUCUACAACUCCUUCCUGCAGGAGAACAACGCCCCGGGCUCCUUGCUCUGCACUGUGUCCGCUGCUGACCCAGACGAAGGAGACAAUUCCCGCCUCACUUACUCUAUAGUUGAAAGUGAAAUCCAGGGCGCUCCUGCCUCCUCUUUUGUCCAUAUUAACCCGGACGAUGGAAAUAUUUAUGCCCAGCGCACUUUUGAUUUUGAGCAGUUUCGUGUCUUGCAGAUUCCCGUGGCUGUGCAGGACUCUGGGUCUCCACGUCUCAGCUGCAAUGCGACCGUCUACAUUUUUAUUCUGGAUCAGAACGACACCCUUGAAAGUGAAAUCCAGGGCGCUCCUGCCUCCUCUUUUGUCCAUAUUAACCCGGACGAUGGAAAUAUUUAUGCCCAGCGCACUUUUGAUUUUGAGCAGUUUCGUGUCUUGCAGAUUCCCGUGGCUGUGCAGGACUCUGGGUCUCCACGUCUCAGCUGCAAUGCGACCGUCUACAUUUUUAUUCUGGAUCAGAACGACAACUCCCCCGCCAUUCUGUACCCGGUGACUGGCGGGGGGGCUGCAGAGCCCCACAGGGUCCCCCAGUCUGCACCAGCGGGGUACCUAGUCACCAAAGUCACAGCGGUAGACGCAGAUUCUGGCCAUAACGCCUGGCUCUCCUAUUCGCUGCUGCCGCAGUCUACAGAUCCCACCUUGUUCCGGGUUUCUCCUUACACGGGAGAAAUCCGGACUGCCCGCGGGUUCCAAGACUUAGACCCCGCGGAGCAGAAAAUCCUCGUGCUCGUCAAGGACAACGGGGACCCUGCUUUGUCCAGCACGGUCACCAUCCUGGUUUCCUUGGAAGAAAAAAUAUCUGAGGAAAGCUUCAAAGCUCGCGAUUUCCUUCCAGAUCCCAAAGCUAAACCUGACCUGACCCUCUAUCUGAUUAUUGCGCUAGCGGCCAUUAGCAUGGUCUCUCUGGUUACUUUCAUCGUACUGUCUGCAAAAUGCCUUAGGAAAAAAGACAGAGAGUCCCCCUGCUGCGGCCUCAGCGAGUCGCCCUCCAGGGAUUUUUUCAAACACUCCAGCCCAAAGCUUCAGCUGAACUCGGAUGGCACGUUAAAGUACAUGGAGGUGACCCUCAGGCCCGCAGACACUCAGAGCCAGUGCUAUCGGACCUGCUUUUCUCCGGGGUCAGACAGGAGUGAUUUCACGUUUCUGAGACCUUUGAGCUGUCCCCCCGCCAGCACCCUUCCGAUUGAAACUGAUGCUUUCCUACCUGGUAAAAAUACACUGAACGAACCCGGCCAGGUUAAAAUUUGCAGGUUGCAAGGGCCUUCGCUGCACUGUGUCAACUUCCCUACAUGGAUUGGUGCUCGCGUUGCUGUACUGGGAAGGUGCCUGCUGAUUGGAUGA